UCAAAAUGUCGCUGUUCGGGAUUGUCAAGCUAUUUUCUCAUCGUAAUGUGCCGUUCUGGCGCAUAGUAUGUAUGAAACAGCGUGUUUUGGCGUGUGCGUUCUAUUUUAUUUUAGACAAGACUUGACGGCUGAGUAAAAGUCUUCAUGGCCCUUGAUUCGACUUUGCAAUACUCUUCCUUCGGUUUUUCGUAAACAACAGGAUCAUAUCAAUGCGAAAAUUCAUCGUUAGCAACUGUUGGAAAAUCUACGCGCUUGUGAGUGAAAAUCUUAGGCAUCAUUUAGUGAAAGCCCCUGAAGAUUUUCCUCCGUGGUCAUCAUGGAUGAAAAGAUGGAGAGUGAACAGAGUUUUAGUGGGGAGAGCAGCAGUAGCUCUUCAGAUACUUCCAGCGGUAGCUCAGAUGCCGACGAGGAAGUUAUGGAGCCGAUUCGAGUCAUGGGGCAAACACUGGAAGUUCCACAAGAUCUCUGUGAAGACUACACCAUAUUCAAAGAGUUGUUUUCAAUGAAAACUUGGGAAUCACUGGAAGAUCACCAUAAAGAAGAAUUGAAGAAGUAUCUCCCCAAGUUUACUGAAAAUGAAGAAGAGGAAACAGAAAAGACAAUAAAGAUGUUCUUCAAUCAUGAACCAUUUCAUUUUACUUCACCUCUUACUACUUUUUAUAACAAUUUGAGACAGGGGAACUAUAGACCAGACAUUGCCAAGAUGAGAAAGUUUUUGUCCAAAGCCAGACACAAGCAGCAGAAGCAUAAGGAAAAAGCAUAUUUUGCUAAACUGUUGCCUGAAGUGUUGAUAUCCCGAGAAAGAAUAUUGGCAGCCGCCCGGGCAGGGCCUCCAGGUUUGGUUCCACAUCUUCCGCCCCUUCCACCGAAGCCUACGGCUAGGAGCAACUAUAAAUCAAUUCAUUUAAGAGCAAAACAAAGAUAUUUCGAAGAGCUAGCUGCAAUUCAGGGUGAAGUGGGUGGUGAUGAAUCAGAAGAUGAAAAUUAUCCAGAAGGUCCACCUGUCUUGCACAUGAGGAAAAGAAAACAAGUAAAUGUUGGCCAAAAUGCUGAUGGUAAUGUCUCCGGAACACUUGGGGGUUCUGAAACCACCCAUGCCACUUCUAUGGAUUGUCUAAAGAAUAUACUGGCUUCUCAUAGAAUAAGAAGGCAAUACAGAGAAAAUCAUCCAGAGCUGAAUACAGCUGGAAUAACUUUAGAUGAUAUCAAGCAAAGGGUAGCUCUCGUAAAUGGUAGCAAAAAGUUAAUGUUUGGAGGACAAAAAACUGACUCACCUAUACAGAAACUCAAGAGAGGGCCCAGAAAAGAAUCAGGCAAAGGAAAAACACAAGAAUCAAAAGCAGCCAUCAAGAAGAGUAAAGAGGAACCUACAGAAAGUGUGGAGAAUAGACCUUUACUACCAAAUAUUAAAAUUAAAUGUGAGCAAGAAGAGUCUGACUCUGAAAGCUCAUCAUUUGUAGAUCCUGUGACAAGUCCAAAGCUUGGCAAGAAGUUACUGGACCACUCAGAUAUUAAGCAAGAAAUAAUAGACCCCAAGUAUCCUAAUAUUCAAAAUAUCAAUUAUAGUGAUGCUAAACUAGAGCAUAUGAUAAAACAAGAACCACCCGACCCUACUCUAGCAAUUCAAAAUGCAUCUAGGCUAAUCCAACCAGUUCCUAUAAAAUUAGAAGAUUUAGAUGGUAUAGACAUGAUGGCUUUGCCUGUAGAACUGGCGGAUGACUCGGGCGAGGUGGUGCCGGCGGACACGUCUGGCGAGGGCGACGGAGUGGUGGACGCCGACGAGUCGCUGACGGAGACCACGCACGCCAACUACUUGUCGCUGGUGCGGGCUCUGUUCCCGGCGAGGGCAGCGCACAGGGCUUCGAAGCAGCAGCUGCACGCGAGGUGCGCGGCUGUGAUGAAGUCGCCGAUAGCGCCGCUCAACACUUGGUAUAGUUUAUCUGACGAUUGGUGUUCCGAGUUAGAUUCUGCCCUAGAUUUUCUAUCUGGGGAGAGAGGACCGCAUCCUGACGACUUUGUGCCGUACCUACAGUUUUUGCCAGAGACUCAAAUGUACCAGUGGAUCGGCGCUGGCCGCGACUGCGACGCGAUACUGGGCCGGUUGUGCGAGCGAUGGCUGCGGGCCGUUUCCCCUGGGCCGCCUACCAGUGAGCCCCCACCGCCGAGGUAUCCAACAUCGUGGGUGAUGCGUGCGCCGACAGUAGCGGAGAUUACAGAAUUCAGGGCUCAAGAGCGACGGAGAUUCGCCGCCGCUGCCAAGCCCUUUACGUACCUUCAGCAUGGAUACCGGUCGGUGGUAGGCCCGUGCGUGCGCGCAUCCGCAGCUUGCGGCACGCAGGGCUCGCUGCUGGCGGCGGAGCGGCCGCGGCACGCCAGCUUCAUCGCGCUCGUGCGCGACGCCGUGGCGCGCCUGCCCAACGGAGAGGGCACGCGCCACGACGUGCUCACGCUGCUCAAGCCGGAACCAGCGCCCGCGCCGCCGCCGCCGCGACCACCGCCGCCUCGCCCGCCGCAGCAGCCGCGCGAACAGCCGCAUUCGGCACCGCACCCGGCGCCGCAGCCUGCUAUGGAAUUAGAAGUAGGCAGCGUUGAAGAAGUGGUCGAAAACGCGUCGGAUAGUGACGUAGACGUUGACGACACGUCGGCGCCUGCCGCGCCGCACGUAUCAUCUGCGGCCCAGUUGCUAAUGGCUGCCACCCAGGCCGCGCCACCCAAGCCGCCGCCUGCACCCAAGCCCAAGGGGAAACUCGUCGCCACGCCCAAACCCAAGCCCAGCCCCCAGCCAAAGCCGACGACGAGUAAACCCAACCUGAUGACUCAAUCCGCGAAACAGGCCACCUUGCUGAGCCAAGCCGCUAAACAUACGCUGAUGAGCCAGGCUGUAAAACAGGCUAACCUCCUGAGUCAAUCGGUAAAACAGUCUCAGAUCGCUAAACAGGCGGCGCAGAAAUCGGCCCCGCCCCUGCAGACGAUCAAAACGAAUGUCACGCCGAAACAAACGACCGUCGCCGCUCAGAAGGCGCCGCCGGCUCCGACGCCGAAACAGACGCCGCCGCGGCAGACGAGCGUGAUCCAAACGAAACACGUGAGCGUGACGAAACAGCCGGCUCAGUCGCCGAAGUCUACUGUGAUCCAGACGAAGCAAACUGUGGUGCCUCAAGCGAAGCCGGCUCAACCGAAGAGUGCGCCGGUACAGUUGAGCCAAGCCACGGCUCAGGCGGUGGCUCAGAUAUCCAAAUCGUUGCCGUCUGUGGUGACGCCACCCCAUAAGUCGCCGCUGAUCAAGCAGAGGCCCAUGCAGCGGGUGGAGGCUCCACAGGCUACUGUUUCGGCACCGGCCACGCCCUCUCAUGCCCCUACGCCGCCGAUACAGCAAGUCCCUACGGUCUCAACGAUACAAACUCAUAAUAAGUUGGUGCAGGGCACGCGCUCGCUGCUGAUACGGCCGCCCGCCGUGCCCACCACCGCCACCGCCGCCGCCACGCCCACCACACAGGCGGUGCCUACUUCGCGUCGUGGUGUGGUUAGAGUGUUAAGCCCGGCGACGCAGUCUUCAGGGAAAUCUCUAAUUUCACCACGAGCUCUCUUACAACAAGGUGCUACGACGGUUCCUGCGGCUAUUGCCGCAAAGAAACGUACUCCAGUUGCAAGCACGACGUCUGUUACUACUAUGGCUCAGGCCGCAGCGGGAACGUCAGUUGUGAGCAGUGCGCCUACAGUAGCAACGUCUGCGGUAUCCACGCGAACGGUUCAACUGGCCGGCGGCAGAACAGUGCAGUUGGCGGCCAACCAAACUGUCCACUUACCUGGCGGCCAGGCGGUUCAACUAUCAGGACACACCCUCCAACUCUCAUCGCUCCAACUCCCAACGCACAGUGUCCGAUUACCCAGUGGCCAAACUGUUCAACUAGCAUCACCGACCAUGCAAGCUGUGAGGGCGGUAUCGACGACGGCAGUCAAAAACCCAAGUCCUCGCGCCACCCCUUCUUCACCCACGAUCAAAACUGUUCAAACUAGCCAAGCUGUUCCAAUACCUGUUUCAACGGUUCAGUUAUCGGGACAAACGGUUCAAAUAGCGGGCCAGACCGUUCAACUGGCGGGACAGAGUGUGCAGUUGACGGGCCACACGGUGAAACUGCCGAGUGGACAGAGCGUGCAAGUGGCUAGCCAGAGCGUUAUACCGUCGCAGAGCGUGCAGUUGCCGAGUGGGCAAACCGUUCAGUUGGCGAGUGGAAACGUCCAAACUGUGCAGUUGGGGUCCAACAUUCAGUUGCCCAGCGGACAGAGUGUUCAGAUGCCGAGCGGGCAGAGUGUGCAAUUGGGAUCUCAGACAGUGCAAAUAGCGGGGCAGACAGUUCAAUUGGCGGGCGGCCAAACUGUUCAGUUGCCGAGUGGCCAGACCCUGCAGCUGUCCAGUGGGCAGACUGUCCAGUUAUCCAGUGGGCAGACUUUGCAGUUGGCUAGCGGGCAGACGGUUCAGUUGGCGAAUCAGCCGGCGCCGAAAAUCACUCAAGUGGUGAGGAGUCAGUCGACGGGCGAUAAGCCAGCGCAGCCGAUCGUCGCCAAACUACUGACGAAUGCACAAGGGCAGAUGAUAUCGCUAGAGGGAGUGGUGGGCGCCCGCGGCGUGCCUCAGCUGCAACUGGCCGGAGGAAGAGGCCGCGCCGCCGUGCGCGUGCUGUCGCCGGCGCGCCCGCUGCUGCUCACCGCCGCCAAGCCGCUGCACAACAUCAUCCUGCAGCAAGGCGAUGGCAACGCAAUUCGUGUGACCUCAAGCAGUGGUGCUACUCCUUCACAAACUAUAGUUUUAAGUAAUUUAGGUGCCCAAGCAGUUACCACAUCCUCAACAACCACUCCUGUCUUAAAACUGCAGCAGGUGAAUCCAUUACAGCAAGUAAAACUCGCGCAGGGAAUUAAAAUACAACAGGCGACGUCAGCGGCAAGCAGUAGUACAGCGGCGACAUCUAGCGGCGUCCGCAGCGUACUAAUGGACGGGCAGCAGCUCAAACUGGUUGGCGGGAGACACGUACUUGCCAGAAUCCUCAGACCAGCGCACCCACCGCCGUAGCAACGUUAGCUAGAGGUAAACUUAGUGUAGAAUAAUCCUGCUAGAUGGCGCGUUAUAGCGUAACGCUCGAUAAGAAAGUAAUUUGUGAAACCAUUGUGUAGUAACAGAGUAGUUGGGCUCUCAUUUACUAAAUCUUUUUUUUCCAAUUAAAAAUAAUACAGACAUGCCUUUGUGAAUAAAUUCACUUAGACUCGGGUUUUUGUUGACCUUGUCAGUAAUUGACUAUAUGAUUUUCUCAUAAAUAAUUACAUAUUCUGAAAGGCGUGUUCAUUUAUUAUUUCUUGGGUGUUUCAAGAAUGAAAUUAUUUAUUUUCAUCACAAGGAGAAACAGUUACUAGAUCCUUAGCUUUAUAAGCUCCCCUUGAUCCGAUUACCAUCAAAACACAUCACAUGAAGUGAUUAUAACAGAAUUUUUAACCAUAAAGAUUAUUCUCGAUUAUUUUACGAACUUUGCAAAUGGCAAAGUGAUGGUCAUACGCUCACACGACAAUAUGGGCCGAACGAAACAUGUGCAAUGUGCUUUAAGAAAUAGCGUAAUUUUAUUAGGUUUUACUUUUUUAUAUAAUAUAUUGCUGCCUCGCAGUUCGGGAUAUUUAUUAAGUAAGAUUCAUACAUGUGGCGUUGAAAAACGUUCGAAACAGUAUUCAACUUUCACACAAAACUUCAUACAGUUUUUAGAAUACGCUAAACCGCUACAAAUUAACAAUUUAUACUAUUGUUAUUGUAAUCGACCAUAAGUAUUUUAUGUUGGUAAUUUGUUUGCCUAAUUUUAUUCAAUAUAAUUUUAACACAAUGUUAAAUGGAUCUACGAACAAUAAAAAUAAGAAUGAAAUCAUAUUACAACUUUUUAUGUUGAAUGGCUUUGUAAGAUUUAAAAAAAUAUUCUCAGUGUAUAAAAGAGGUUGAUUUAAUAAUAUAAAAGUGAGCUUUUAAAAUAAAUUGAUUUUUGGUUCUAAAUACGUACUGGUGUUGUGUACGGUGCUUCUGGCACUGACACUGGCGGAUACAAAAUGUUUGGUAUUAUUGCUUAAUGGAACUAUGAAUUGAUUUAACAAAUGUUAAUAUUUUUAACUAUUAUUUAAUAUUUAUUUCAAAACAUUUGUAUUUAGCCAGUGUGAACAUCGUAAUGAAUAAGCCGUAAUUAUUUAAGUUCCACAGAUAUUUACAAAAUGUAUACUUAUUUGUAUUUGUUGCAUGAAAAAAGUAUAUUAUUUAUAUUUUUUUAGUAUCUGUAAAUAAUUUAUCAAAACAAACUACAAUAUUAAAAAAUGAUGUAUUUCAUGAAACUGGGACGGUAAAAAAAUGUUCUCUGAAAUCCCGUGAACUGUUGGCUUAGCAGUGAUGUUUUGAACCUUUUAUCCUUGUUUGACAUUGUGCAUUUUAACAAACAAAGCUCUACUUACUUUUUCCUCUUUGACAUAAUAUUUUAAUUACUCAAGAUAUUAAUGCAGUUCGGUUUUUGUUAAAAUCGUAAACAAUGUAAAACGUUAUGUGACAGACAUGUCAUUUGGUCUGUUAGUAGUUAUUGACUUGAAUCAAAACUGGAGUGUGAUUGCUGAUAUUACAUUUUACAUAUUAUUUUGUAUCAACUUCAUUUACGCGCCUAGUUGCGGGAGUUUUAUAUAUUGAGUAUGAUACAUAAAGUCAAGGAUUAUUAUUUAUGUUGUUACUAAGUAUGUAUUAUUUUAUGUUCAAUUGUAAAUUUUUGUUACAAUAGGUCUGAUUAUAGUAUGAAAUAUAAGUCAAUUGCGGUAA